AUGCAGGGGCUCACGGCCGCCUUCCUUGUCUGGGCUCUGAUGUCUCCCCAGGGCGGCGGCGGGGAAGCCUGGCCCACACACACGGCCUGCCGGGAUGGGAACUUACAAGUGCUCUACCAGAGCUGCGACCCAUUACAAGAUUUUGGCUUUUCUGUUGACCAGUGUUCCAGACAAUUAAAACCAAAUGUCAACAUCAGAUUUGGAAUUGUACUGAGAGAGGACAUCGAGGAGCUGUUUCUGGACAUCGCUCUCUUCAGUAAAGGACUGUCCGUUCUUAACUUCUCCUACCCCGUCUGCGAAGUGGAUCUACCCAAGUUUUCUUUCUGCGGAAGAAGGAAAGGAGAGCAGAUUUACUAUGCCGGCUCUGUCAAUAAUCCUGGGUUUGAAAUUCCCAAGGGAGAGUACCAGGUUCUGCUGGAACUGUACAACCAAGACCACUCCACCGUGGCCUGUGCCAAUGCCACCGUCCUUUGCCCCUGAGCACCUGAAGCGCAGAGAGCUGUCCCUUGGAAACCACAGCUCCUCACAUUGAACCUGCCGUGAGGAAGGACCAGCGGACAACAGAGCAAGCCUCCCUGAAGGUGCAGGCGCUGAUGUCAGCCCCAGGACCAGAGGUCCCCAGACUCCACGGAUGCAAUGAACCCCCCAAAGGAUCUGCUUCUCAGGGGCCCCUGGGCGUCACCCAGCAGUGUUGAGGGUGGGUCCCUCUUCCCUAAGUGUUCACCUGACACCACUCACCUCUUUUUAGCUCCUCGGGGCCCUUCCUCAGUCACCCAAAAUAAAGAAACCAG